CUUGCCACGCUAACACGUGACCUCACAACGGAAAUUUCCUUUUUAUUCCUUCUCUUUGGGAUUUUGUUCUAAAAUACACUUUCAGUACCAUCCAAGGAAACACUAUCUGCUUCAACAAUCCGAUUCUUCUUUCAUUUCCAUUUCUCUUCAAUUGGUUAUCUGCUCUUCUGAAUCUCUGUGCAUUUGUUACUAAAUGGCUUCGUCUACUUUAAUUUGCGAUACUGAGCCCUGGAAGGAGUUGCAAGGUCAUGUUGAGGAUAUUAACAAGACUCAUUUGCGUGAUUUGAUGAAUGAUACUAAUCGCUGCCAGUCGAUGACGAUGGAGUUUGAUGGGAUCCUGUUGGAUUACGCUAGACAACGAGCCACCCUUGACACCUUGAAUAAGCUCUUCAAGUUAGCUGAGGCAACACAUGUCAAGGAGAAGAUUAUUCGGAUGUUCAACGGAGAGCAUAUAAACAGCACAGAAAACAGAUCCGUUCUUCAUGUUGCACUGCGUGCUCCAAGGGAUGCAAUCAUAAAUAGUGACGGGAAGAAUGUAGUCCCUGAGGUUUGGCAAGUUCUUGAUAAGAUCCGAGACUUCUCUGAGAGGGUUCGCAGUGGUGCCUGGGUUGGAGCCACAGGAAAAACAUUGAAAGAUGUUGUAGCUGUUGGUAUAGGUGGCAGUUUCUUAGGCCCUUUGUUCGUACACACAGCACUUCAAACAGAAGCGGAGGCUAUUGAGUGUGCAACAGGGCAUCAAUUGCGAUUUCUCGCAAAUGUUGAUCCAAUUGAUGUAGCCAGAAAUAUAACAGGCUUGAACCCUGAAACAACUCUAGUUGUGGUGGUCUCGAAGACUUUUACUACUGCCGAGACAAUGCUAAAUGCCCGUACACUGAGGGAAUGGAUCUCCUCUGCAUUAGGACCUCAGGCUGUUGCAAAGCAUAUGGUUGCAGUUAGUACCAAUCUUAAGCUCGUAGAACAAUUUGGCAUUGAUCCAAAUAAUGCAUUUGCUUUCUGGGACUGGGUAGGAGGUCGAUAUAGUGUCUGCAGCGCAGUUGGAGUGUUGCCACUUUCUCUGCAAUACGGAUUUUCCAUUGUUGAGAAAUUUCUGAAGGGAGCUUCAAGUGUUGAUCAACAUUUCCACUCAGCACCAUUUGAGAAAAAUAUACCUGUGAUUUUAGGCUUGCUGAGUGUAUGGAAUGUUUCAUUCCUUGGAUAUCCAGCAAGAGCAAUAUUACCCUACUCUCAAGCAUUGGAAAAGUUGGCACCUCAUAUUCAACAGGUCAGUAUGGAGAGUAAUGGGAAAGGGGUGUCUAUUGAUGGUGUCCCUCUUCCUUACCAGACUGGUGAAAUUGAUUUUGGUGAACCAGGGACGAAUGGCCAACACAGCUUUUACCAAUUAAUUCACCAGGGUCGUGUUAUUCCUUGUGAUUUUAUUGGUGUUGUUAAGAGUCAGCAACCGAUUUACCUGAAAGAUGAAGUGGUGAGUAACCAUGAUGAGCUCAUGUCGAACUUCUUUGCGCAGCCAGAUGCCCUUGCUUAUGGGAAGACACCAGAGCAGUUGCAAAAGGAGAGUGUCCCUGAGCAUCUUGUUUCUCAUAAGACUUUUUCUGGAAAUCGACCUUCUCUAAGUAUACUACUUCCAUCAUUGAACGCUUACAACAUUGGGCAGCUACUGGCCAUCUACGAGCACAGAGUUGCAGUCCAAGGCUUCGUAUGGAAUAUCAAUUCUUUCGAUCAGUGGGGUGUGGAGCUAGGAAAGUCUCUAGCGACUAAAGUCAGAAACCAACUUCAUGCAUCUCGUAAGAAAGGGGAAUCAGUUGAAGGCUUCAAUUUCAGCACCAAAACGUUGAUAACAAGAUAUCUUGAGGGCAAUUGUAAGAGUACCAUGUAAGUUGUUAGCAACAAUAUGGUGGUUACAAACUAAUUGGAUACAGGAAAGUGCUGAUGUUCCUUCUGAUCCUUCAACUCGUCUACCAAAUAUGUAAGGAUUGAGUUUGAUAAUCACAGUUUAACGGAGGUCUCAACUUCGCUGCCAAGCAAAAAUGAACUAAUGUUAACCAACCAGUUUCAAAGUUACAUCCAAGUUUUGGUGUUGUGUGGCCACUCAUCUUGGCAAACGUAUCGCCGCAGUUAUAUCAAUAAAAAUUGAAUUUUGGUUUUGCAACUCUUUAACUCAUGCUUUAGAUGGUGUCCACCUAAAUGCUUUCCACUGAAAUUGUCUUGGUUUUGGUUUAUAAUGCAGUCAGCCAUGCGGCCAAAUGUGUGGCUGCUGUGUCCAAGUAGGUAUCAUUUUAACCUGUUGGCAAUAUCAUGGUUAAGGGAUGACCUUCGAAAUCUAAAAAUUCUGUGCAUUUGUUUG